CCAGCUAGUUGCUAACCUGCUAGUUGCUAACCAGCUAGUUGCUAACCUGCUAGUUGCUAACCUGCUGGGUGCUAACCAGCUAGUUGCUAACCUGCUAGGUGCUAACCUGCUAGUUGCUAACCUGCUGGGUGCUAACCAGCUAGUUGCUAACCUGCUAGUUACAAGCCUGUUCGCUAGUUAUAAGCAUGUUAGGCGCUCGUUAGCGUGGACUUGGGACGUCAGUGGUUGAUUGGUUCCAUUCUUACAUUGUCAGAGGAUUCUUCUCAGCAGAGAUGAGUCGAACUCCCGACGCCCGGAUGAGGGACAAUCAGACCAAGAGGAUCCUGGAGCGCAUCAGUAACGUGGAGAAGCAUUUUGGCAAGAUGUGUCAGACGUUGGCGGCGUACGGACGUAACUCGGCGCGUGUUCGGGACAAGGCGGACCUGCUGGUGCGAGAGCUGGGCGAGUAUUCUGACACGGAGACUCCCAGCCUGAAGACCGCUUUGAAGCAGUUUGCCAGCCACCUGGCCAAGAUUCAGGACUACCGCCAAGCACAGGUGGAGCGACUGGAGGUGAAGGUCAUUGAGCCGUUAAAAGGUUACAAUGCUGUGGUGCGACGCAAAAGGGAGGACGUAAAGACCACUCAGAGUGCCAGAACACGAGAGUCCAAACAAAUGGAUCAGCUGGAAAGAACUCGCCAGAAGAACCCCUCGGACCGCCAAGUCAUCGCGGAGAGCGACCUGCAGCGGGCCACCAUGGACGCCACACGCACCACCCGUCAACUGGAGGAGACCAUGGAGGAGUUUGAGAAGCAGAAGAUGCGAGACCUUAAGAAGAUCCUGAGUGACUUUGUGACGGUGGAGAUGUCCUUCCACGCCAAGGCCUUGGAGCUCUACACGCUGGCCUAUCACAGCAUCCACAGUGUGGAGGAGGAGGAGGACCUCAAGGUGUUCAGGAGUUCCCUGCACCCCCCCGACAACUCCCUGGAGGGCACCGCCUCCACACCUUUCCAGAGAGCCUCCGGACGCCAAGCGAGCAGAGAGGAAGAGGAGGAGGAUGAAGAUGAGUCUGAGGAAGAGGAGGAUGAAGACUCUGAGGAGGAAAGUUGAUGAAGAAUCUUAUUUGUUUAUUUUUAUUCGUAGCAUUGUUGUUUCAUUUUCAUUUGUAUUAUUGUUGUUUCAUUUUUAUUUGUAUUAUUGUUGUUUCAUUUUUAUUUGAAUUUUUGAAUUUUUAUUUGUAUUUUUGUUGUUUAAUUUUUAUUUGUAUUAUUGUUGUUUCAUUUUCAUUUGUAUUAUUGUCAUUUCAUUUUUAUUUGUAUUGUUGUUGUUUAAUUUUAAUUUGUAUUAUUGUUGUUUUAUUCUUAUUCGUAUUUUUGUUGUUUUAUUUGUAUUUGCAUUAUUGUUGUUUUAUUGUUAUUGUUGUUUUAUAUUUUUUUGUUGUUUUAUUUGUAUUAUUGUUGUUUUAUUUGUAUUGUUGUUUUAUAUUUUUUGUAUUUUUGUUGUUUUAUUUGUAUUUGUAUUAUUGUUGUUUUAUUGUUAUUUUUAUUGUUGUUUUAUAUAUAUUUUUGUUUUAUUUGUAUUUGUAUUAUUGUUGUUUUACUUGUAUUUUUAUUGUUGUUUGAUUUUUUUGUAUUUUUGUUGUUUUAUUUGUAUUUGUAUUAUUGUUGUUUUCUUUUUAUUUGUAUUAUUGCCAUCUUUGUUUUUUGUAUUAUUGUCAUCUUUGUUGUUUAAUUUUUAUUUGUAUUACUGUUGUUUUAUUUGUAUUUGUAUUAUUGUUGUUUAAUUUUCAUUUGCAUUGCUGUUGGUUCAUUUCUAUUUGUAUUUUUGUUGUUUUAUUUGUAUUAUUAUUGUUUUAUUUGUAUUUGUAUUAUUGUUGUUUUAUAUAUUUUUGUAUUAUUUUUGUUUUUUUUGUAUUUGUAAUAUUAUAUUUUUUAUUAUUAUUAGUGUUGUUUUAUUUUUAUUUGUAUUAUUGUCAUCUUUGACUUUGUCAUUGUUGUUUUUAUUUUUUUUGUCUUCUUAUAUUUUGGAUUUGUAUUAGCUUUUUAUUCUUUUACUUUUUAUUCUUCCAUUUUUCUACUUUUCAUUUUGGAUUUUUAUUUAUUGUCUUUUAUUGUGGAUUUUUAUUGUGCUUUUUGGCUUUGUAUUUUUUUUGUCUUAUUUCUUUUGGAAUGUUGUUUGUCUUUUUGGGGGGAUUUCUUUCUUUUUAUUUGUCUUUUUAUUCUUAUUUGGUUGGCUUUUUGUUUUUAUUCCUCUUUUUUUGGCCUUUUUAUUGUUUUGGUUUUUUUGCAUUUGAAUUUUGAGUCUUUAUUUUAGCUUUUUAUUUGGCUUUUAUAUUGAGAUGUGUAUUUGGAUUGGGCCUGUGACCGGUGAUGGCAAGUGUGAUGAUGACGUCAUCGAUCAUGAAAGAUAUUGUAUGACGUCAUGAAUAGAACAUGUCUGCCAGAGUUAAUAAAGAGUGUUAAUGUCAUACAAUGAUGUCAUAAGCAUAUGAGACAAUAACAAUGUAAAUGUUCACACAUGACUGUAAUAUUAAUAUAUUCAUACAUGACUGUAAUUGAUUAGAAGAACGACUCAAAUGAGCUCCAAAUAAAUAUAAAAUACU